AUGGCCGCAUCAUCGUCACCGUCCACCCAGAGGGUUCUCAUCUCAUAUGCCGCACCUCCCAUAUUUCUCGCGUCCCCCAACUGGAACAAAGUCCAUGCCACCCUUCUCGCACAGCUUCCACUACGGAACCUACAUUGGAAAUCUGCUUCGAAGGCGUCUGUCCGGACGAUACAAGAGCUUGAUGUUACAUUGGUUUCGCUCGACUCUCUGCGCGAUGAAACUACAUCUCAGAUCCCUGUAACGCUGUUGGAAAAGCCGAUGAUGCACUUGUUCAUUCUACACUGCGAAGAUAAUGACUUGGAGACCUACCGAAACAUUCACAAGAGGCAGAUCAAGGAUUGGCAUUCCAAUGUUACCUCGCGGAAAAAUCAGGAGUGGUUAAUUCUGCAAAUCAUCCGACCUGAUGCUGCACGUCAACAAGCGGGGAACUUCUUCCAGAUCAAGGGCUCAGUGUUUGAUAAGUUGAAGACGGAUUUCAAUCUGGAGAGGCGGGAUCGCUGCGUGCAAAUUAACUGGAACUCUGGAAGUGACAAUGCACUUGCAUGGGCAGAGCUUGUGAACAAGAUGAAGGAAGGGCUUACCUUCGCAUUCGAUUCAGCGUUAGUCCUACGGCAAGAAGAGGUGAAAAGAUCCGAGAAUCAGCAAACAAUGCCUGGUUGGAAUUUUUGUACAUUCUUUACUCUCAAGGAAAGUCUAGCAUCCUCGUUCGAAGGAAUGAAUCUUCUUGAAGAAGCUUUAACUCCUUACGACGAACUGGAGGCACUGUUCUAUCGUGUAUCGAAGGAGAAGAACAUGUCCUGGUUUGGGUCGCUCAUUCAACCGAAUCCAGAAGAUGAAUCGAUUCCCUUGCUGUCCUUGACGCGGAAGCCAUAUCGGGACCUAAUCCUUGCCAAUUCAAUAUCGAUCUUCGAUUUUCGAAUAUACCUGCUAGCUCGACAGUGUCAACUACUCGCGAAGAUGGGAAAAAUGUCCGAAAUCACGACCAAAGUUGGUUUCUUUCUUGGAGCCUUUGGAAGGCGUCUUCGGGAAGUGGAGUCCACUCUUCCGCCAUUAUUUAUUGAAGCAUGGAUAUACUCAGCUGCGCUAAGCGCUGUAGAGCAAUGUAACAUAUGGGAAACAUCGCUCAAGACUCAAGCGACCAAAGCUGCCCCGGCGAAUGCUGGCAAAGCCGAACUAUUGGAUCUUGCCCGAAGCCAACUCGACGUCUUGGGCAUCGAAGCAAGUCACCUUCCGGACUCUCCUCCGUUUUCCAUCUCUACUUCGGGCAAUCGAAGAAAAUCGCCCGAAGCGCCAUUGCAAUUUACUAAUGAGACUCUUAAUGCCGCCAUCAAUAAUCAAGAAGCAUUUUAUGAACUUUAUGUUGCUAUUACGAAUCGUGCUAUAGAUCUUUAUGCGAAAUCUGGGCGACGGAAGUUCGCACUCAAGCUACAUGGCUGUCUUGCUGCUCUCGAACUGCAUCGCGGAAAUGUGUCUGCAGCAUUGACAACUUACAUUUCUCUGCCUGCUCACUACUCACCACAUAUGUGGACAUCCCUGGAAUCUUUUAUGCUAUCAAGAGCACUGGAUACACAUGUUGCUUUCGAUAAGCCAAAGGAUGCAGAAUGGAUACAUAUCGUUCUCUCAUUCCUGAAGGCAUAUGUGGAGCACUACGACGAGGAGAUGCUGAUGCACAACGUUGACAAGGUCGACUACGUUUCAAAACUGAUAGAAUCGUUAAGAGUAUCUGUAGAGAGACUGGAAAGCGAUCUACCGCACCCUGAUCACCCAGCAUUGACUGUCAAAGUAUCUACGACUGCCCGUUUAGCUGACGUGCGCGAUGGGUCUUACCUUGAUGUUACGGUGACAAACCAUCUCCCCUGUGUCUUCCCAGCUGACGAAAUCAGCGUCCUCGUUACUGGUCGAGACCCGGAGAAGUUCCGAUAUGUUUCAGCGAUUACCGAAGGAUGCCCGCCUGGUUUAUCAACUCACACUCUUUUCUGCUCUACCUCGUCCUCUGGAAGCUUCCUCUUAGACUCGACGGAGAUCCGCUCCUCCCACCUCCUCCUCCAAACGAACUAUCGCAAGUCCUCGAGCAAGGCUGUACCUUCCAAGCCACCACUGCUUGUGCGAGUGCCAAAUGAUGUUCUCGCUCUUGAUGCUCGAAUAUCACAGUCCAAUCGAAUUGCCCUGGGGAGGCCGCCAUUGCUCAUGGUCGUUUUAUCAACGGGAAGGAAUCAUAUUCAGAAGAUGGCUGUGCGAUUAACAUCACCAUCUGUGAUAUUUCGCUGUGAAGAGGCUGUUCUACAGGAUGAUGAAGAGGAUAUACCCUUCGCUGCUGCUGCAGAUGCCAUCAAUAUGGAGGAUAUCGACGAGGAUACACUGGUUACCUUUUUGGUUCCACAUUCAGAUGCAUCAGCGCUUACGGCAAUGAAAGUCAAUCUGGAAGUGGAGUAUACAACCGUCGACGAACCGUCAAUCUCACGAAUAUCGCAUUUCUCGAGAGUACUCAUUACUACACUACCUAUUUCCGUCAACGUUGAAGAUUUUUUUCGGGGCACACGACUGAUCUCCAAGUUUACGGUGUCGACGACGAGUCACCAGCACUUACGAAUAUCGGAUGCUAGUCUCGACUUACCACCCGGUGGCCUUGACGGGGUAGAGAUUCAACCUUCGCUCAAGCGACCACGUGUGAUUACAGUAACGCCGUUGCAACCGGCUAAUUUCCUCUUUGCGCUCGACUCCGCCAAUGGUCCAGUACGAGAGUCCUUAACACUAAGCAUCAAAUACCGGAUGCUUCGCGAAGAGGUUGAAUCCGUGAUCGAAGAUGAAGUUCAAGCCGUCCUAGAAGAAUGCCCAUCGACCGUGCAACACAGAAUUGCCCUCGUAAGCAAGCUCAUUGACGCCCUAGAGAGUGACGCAGCAUGGGUCGAACUGUACGGUAUCACUGGAGAGCUUGUCGUGCCAGACAUCCACAAGGAAACUGGCGAGGUUGGCGAAUUGUUCAAGAAGGCCAGGAAGCGUCUAGCGGAGUACAGGCACCCAGAUCCGUCCCAAGGAAAAUGGCGCGAAAUCAAAAUUCCAGUGGAUGUGCCCUUCAUGAAUAUCGUUGCUGCUGUGCACAUUCGAAUACUUUCAACGCCAUUCGCCAAGGAGGGCGAAUCUCAUCAACUGCCAUCUCUAUAUGCUGGUCAACCAAUAUCUGCUAAUCUCACGAUCCAUACGUCCUUCCAUUGGGGUUCAAGUUCGAGCGACAACAAGAAUCGAUAUCUGCUCCGGUUCAAUAUUGAGGAAAUGGUGCGAGAAUGGCUGGUCAGUGGUCCAAAGCGAGGCGACUUCAUUGCGUCGGAUCGUGCUCUACACACAGUCCCAAUCACUCUCAUCGCCCUGCACCACGGGGAAUUUGCCCUCCCAAAAGUCUCUGUGAUGGCCCUCCCAAUGUCGGGCACGCUAACAAUGGGAUCAUUGGCCAUUCCGAGCAUCGAGACCUACCAAAUACAUGGCGCAGAGAAAGUCCUGGUUCUACCAAGAGGAGGGCGAACCACAUUCGUGGUCGGCAUGGGACCAGGUUGA